AUGAAGUGGUGCCACAUUAAAACUACCUAUUAUCUUUUGGUUUCUUGGCUGACAGGUGGACUCGACCCAGAUUUGAAAGCUGCCUACAACUCUUUCAUGAAGUCAUGUGAGAAGGGAGGGAAGAAGUCAGCCAACGCGUGCCAUAACAUUGGGCUGCUGGCCCAUGAUGGGAGAAUAAACGAUGAUAAACCCGACCCUGUUGUCGCUAGAGACUAUUACACAAAAGCCUGUGAUGGCAACUUUGCUCCUAGCUGCUUCAACCUCAGUGUUAUAUACCUGCAAGGAGCACCUGGGGUCCCUAAGGACAUGAACCAUGCUCUAAAGUACUCCCUGAAAGGGUGUGAGCUGGGUCACAUAUGGGCCUGUGCCAACGCCAGUCGAAUGUACAAGCUGGGAGAUGGCAUUGAGAAGAAUGAUGCUAAGGCAGAGGAUUUGAAAAACAGGGCAAAAAAGUUGCAUAGAGAACAGAAAGAAGCCCCAUAUUCUAUAACACUUGGGGAAUAA